AUGAGCUUUUUCUCUGAUCAAGUUACGACAGUAAUCAUUCCAGCCGAUGUGCAACCCAUCCGCACGAGUCGCCUAUAUCUGCGGCCACUAGCGCCGGGUGACGCCGCAGCCCUCUUUGAGAUGCGCAGCCGUCCCGACGUGGCAGAAUGGCUCUGGCCCAAAGAGCCUCAUAAACACAUCUCCGAGUCCGAGGCCAUCAUCGCCCGAAAGACAUUCACAACGCCAGAUGCAUCAGGAGCCGUUGGACGGCAGUUUUUCUUCACCGUCACGCGUAUCGAUGAUCCAUCGCAAAAGGUCAUUGGAUUUGCGGGAAUCAAUUCUCUUGUUCCAGCUCCAUCCGUCGGCUAUAAUUUCCACCCCGACUUCUGGGGUAAAGGAUAUGCCACUGAGGCAGUUGCUGGAAUUGUAGAUGCGUGGUGGAAGCUCGGAAGAGUGCACUCCAAGGAGGUAGUACUGAAAGAGAAGCUGUUUGCAUGUUGCAAUAUGGCGAAUAUUGGUAGUGUGAAAGUGCUGCAGAAAGUCGGGUUUACUAUAUACCGCGAGCAGCCGGCAGAAGGUGAUGUUGUCGCGCUUUUCGAGUUGGAGGUUCCUACUAAAUAG